GGUCAUUUAUAUGUGAUAUUUGCCAAGCUGAACGCAAGAGAAACCUGGUGGACUUUGCAGCACACGUGAAAAAGCGCUACAAGCGAGCGUUGCAUUCUACCGACCGGUCUCGAAUACAGGGUUCUAUAAGAAGUGCCUCAAAACAGACAUGUCCGACAACAGGAUCCGAUGGCACAGGCAAUGUAAACAGCCGCAGCCCACACCAUCACAUGCAGUACGCGUGCCCGCGCGUACCACAGGACCAGCAGUCGCGACCGCAGCCCGUCAGACAGCGUCUCUUCAGCAGCACCGCAGCCGCCGCCAACGACGCCAACGAAAACGACUGCAUGCCGAUACUGGCGCCCCCUGUGAUGCCGCCGACAGUGAGUCAGAAAGAUGUCGACCUGUACCGCAAAGCUGUGCAGAAAGCGAAAACCGAGUUGUACCCGCCGAAGCAGGAGCACGUUGGGGAGCUGGAGGUGGCGCCACCGUACCUGCCGAGUGCGGGCGCGACGCCGGGCGGCCCCGCUGUGCCGGGAAAGCUCGAUCGAUGUCCGAAGACGAUCGAGUUUGGCAUGUACGAGAUCGACACGUGGUACUCGUCGCCCUACCCGCAGGAGUAUGCAAGGUUACCAAAGUUGUUUCUGUGUGAGUUUUGCCUGAAGUACAUGAAGAGCAGGAAAAUGCUGGAACGACAUACGGCCAAGUGUCCGUGGACGGUGCCGCCAGCAAACGAGAUCUACCGCAAAGACGACCUGUCCGUGUUCGAGGUUGAUGGCAACGUGUCGAAGAUCUACUGUCAGAACUUGUGCCUGCUAGCUAAGCUAUUCCUCGAUCACAAGACCCUCUACUACGAUGUCGAACCCUUCCUCUUCUACGUCCUCGCCAAGUCGGACGAGCACGGCUGCCACCUGGUGGGCUACUUCUCGAAGGAGAAGCACUGCCAGCAGAAGUACAACGUGUCGUGCAUCAUGACGAUGCCGCAGUACCAGAGGCAGGGCUACGGCCGAUAUCUCAUCGAUUUCAGCUACCUGUUGUCGCGGUGUGAGGGACAGCCGGGCACGCCUGAGAAGCCGCUGUCAGAGCUGGGCCGCAUCAGCUACCAGGCGUACUGGAAGUCACGAAUCCUAGAACAGCUGAACAAGUGCACACAGCAGGAGCUGCGCAAGGUCUCCAUCAAGAGUAAGUGUAAAUUUAAACUCUUGUCUUGUCUUGUCUGUUUUGUGAUACGCGUGUGUCGUCAGGCGUUGGCGGAGCACGCCUCGCAGCUGGAGGCACGUCGCACGCCCCGGCUGCAGCUGGAUGAGGAAUGUCUGCGCUGGACACCGCUCAUCGUCUCUAGUCAGGCCGUCGAAGACGAAGAGUCCGACACCGAGAGGGAGGUGAGCGAUGACCUCUGA